AUGGACAAGAGUUGGAUGAAAAAGCAUAGAACAAGUGUUGAAUUUAAAGACGGAGUUCAACUUUUUCUGGAUUAUGCAUUUCGAAAUGUUUCACAUGUAUCAAAGGUGUUGUGUCCCUGUGUCAAGUGUGCAAAUGUUUAUGCACAAACAUAUGAUGAUAUUCAGGUACAUCUCAUUUGUGAUGGUAUUCUAAGAGGGUAUACAACGUGGGUUUUUCAUGGAAAAACUUUCCAAGCUAGUGAUGUUGCCACUUCUUCUUCCUCAAUGACAAAUGUUUCAAAUAUGGGUGUGGAGAGAGUAUCUAUUCCUAUUCAAUCAAACCCACCAAUGAGAGCAGAUUUGAGGGGGUUGCUUCGUGAUGUCUUUCGCCGUGAAGAUCUAGUGAACGAUGAAGUACCUUGUGAGCAGGAUGAAAACUUCUUGGAGGAUAGUGAGGGAGAAAAUGAUGAUCGUGAUGAAGUGACAGAUGAUCCAUUACAGAAUACUCGUGAAAUAGAGAAUUUGAUAAAAGGUGCAGAUGAAGAGCUUUAUCCGGGGUGCAAAACAUUUUCAAAGCUAUCAUUUCUAGUGCAUUAA